CUUGAAGACGCGCUACGUGUUCUACGUGUUGUUUGUAUGUUGUUCUUUUGCGAUGGCUUGGUUAGGUGAGAAUUUUCCGCAAUUUUGAGAGCCUUUAUCUCUUACUGACCAUGAAUAAGCAACGAGGAAACACUACAAUGAGGCUGUCUACAAUUUGUCUUCUAAUUGUGUCAUUACUGGGCGUAAAUUUUGGACGAGGCGAGGUGAACUCAUGUUCGAUGUUGCAGCGAUUGCACGGCGAAAUGGUCAACAUCAAGCAGGCGAAAGAAAAUGCCGAGAAAGAAGGCGGAAUCGUCUCAGUUCCUAAGGCGAUGACAGUGAAUUCUUCAGUGGAUUGUGAACAGGGAUGCUGUGGUAAUAUUAACUGUACGGUGUAUCUGUUUUAUCCUCGUCAGCCUUCUAAUGAUGAACACCAGAACUACGACUGUUUCUUUCUUAACUGUCGACCACAAAACUUGUGCUCUUUGGUCAACGUCAGCAGCAAAGCUGAAGGAGCAGUUGUAGGAAUUCGAGAUCUUCAGCUAGCAGGUAAAGGGAUGUGUUAAGCUUAUAUUAGACUGCGAGCAGUCUCUUAUUUUUCUUUGCAAAGUUGCUGCAAGAGAAUUAACCCAAGCACGCGAGCCUCGGUUUGCAAUCGCGCUAGCAGAGAACUAAACGGAUUCUAAGAGAAGAGGCGCUUAUAUUGAAACCCUGUACAUACACCAUGCCAACUGAACGCAAGGUUCACUGGAGUCCAAAUCAAAACGCAUCCUUGUCUUUUGUAUAAUCAUAAGUAACACGCGUAACACAACUGUAGCUUGUUUGUAAUGCAUCAAUCAAGUCAAGCUGCGCACAGCACCCCCCCCCCCCGGCUACUGCGGGGCAUUUGCCUGCCUUGUCAGUCGCGGGGUGGGGCAAUUGCAAAUUUUGCACUCCCCGGGGCUGGGCAUUUGCCAACCCCGGGGCCAUUCCCGAGCUUUUGACAUGCAUGCCGUUUCCUAUCAGAAUAUGACUACACAGAAGGUUUUACUGGAAAAAAAGCAGAUUGGCUAAUCUGUCAAGGACAGGAAUAAAGUGAAGAGGGUUGUAAAGGCAUGUUCUCGAUUUUAUGCAUGCAUGUCUUCAUUGCUUAUCAAGCAAGAAUUUAUACAUAGCGAAAACCAGAGCUAUCGAUGUGAAUCAACGUUUUUUGGUUCUUGAAUCAAGUUUCUCUUGAUAUUAUUUGAAGAACAUACUUUCAUAUUUUUAAAACUAUUUGCAACCUAUGUUACAGCACUCUACUAAAGGGGCUAUGUCACCCAACACGCAUGCGCGAGCCAAUGAAAACAAACUUGAAAAAGACAGCCCAACUUUUUCAAGUUGUGUCGGAGAUUUUGGAAGGCUGUUUUUAUCUGUCUAAAUCUCAGCCAUCGUUCGAUAGUUAGCGAAGUUUUGUAUUAAGAAUCAUUCUAUGGUGAUUACAGAACAAUUUUUUGGCGUUAUUUUAAAAUUGUUUGCCUGUGGAAUGUUUUUACGUGGAUUUACUGUGUCCUCUUAUCAGCGGCCGUUGUAAUGGCAGAGUUAAUGACGGCUACUCCACAAUGAGUGAUGGAAUCUUUGAUGGAAUCUUCCUAUAGUUCACAGGACCUUUCUAUUGAGUUAUUUUAGAGGCUGCUGGCUCUUGGAUUUUUCUUGUGCUCAAAGUAUGUGGACAUAUAAUGAAGCGGCUAUCGAGUUGGCGGCGGCCGUUUUUGUAAACGAUUACAAGAGCAUCAGGCCAUGAGUUUCGUGUGAAACUAAACUCCUGGCGAAGGAAACAUUCUAAAAUUCGCUAGAUUCCUUCUUGUAUUUAUCUCGAUUCACGGCAAAGAUAAACAUGACCGUUUGCUCGUCCAGAUUGUUCUCAACGGACUUAGAGAGGCACCUUAGUACGAGUUAGAUCCUGUAAAUGCCAUGUUUUUGAACUGUUUGUGUUGGAGCAUAAUUUUGGAAAAUAGCAGAGUUUGCUUUCCCUUUUUAUCAACGGACUGCUUAUAGUGGAGUAGUAUACCAAUGAUGCUGGGUUCUGUUUUUCUCGACGUCGCAGUGAUUCGCACGAUCGAACAAUUUUGCGCGAUAAUGUAUGUUUCCCUAAGAUCAAAACAAAGACUUGGUCUCUUGUUCUAUCAGCAUCUAAAUUAUAAAAUCAAUAGCGACAGACAAGUCUAAUUGUUAAUGAUUUGAAACAGUCUUGGUCUUUAUCUUCGGUCUAGCGUCUUUUUGUAGCUCCUUUGUAAAAUACAACUUCCAUUUAUUUUGUUGAAUAAGACAAUAUGUUGUUGUUGAAUUUUUGUUUGCGCUCUAUUUUAUGAAUGGCAUGCGUUUUUACUUCAAAACUACAAGUAAAAUUGUCGUCGCAAUUUUAUUCUUGAUCUAGCAUAACCAGAGAAGAAACGUUCCAUAAAUUCUAUCGAAAUAUCCCUUAUCUAAACCCAUUUCGCUAAACCUCUCUAAAUUCGGAACCUUGGACGUGACAGAGAACAUGAAGAAAGUCACGCGUUAA